UUGAAAGCCUUUGUAUUAUUCCAGUCCUCUACUUAUUUUUAUUCUCUUUCAAAUUUUCAUGGUUCGAUAGUAUAUAUUUACAGAAGUUCAGUAGAUGACGGCCGCUUUAUUUCUCGCCCCUACACACCAACAAAAGUCACUCGAUCCCUGUUUGAGGUACCUAUAAAGAUAGUAUCUGAUGGACGACUCUCAUUGCACAUUCGUCAUUGGAAAGUGGGAGACGAAAUUGAAUGGCGUGGCCCUUAUGGUGGAGAUGUGAUCUGGAGCAACCAUAAGGUAACCAGACUUCUUCUGGUAGCCGGUGGUGUCGGCAUUGCACCCUUCAUUCGCGUUCUUGACGAGCUGUUGAAAAAUGAAGAGACCGAAAUCAGGAUUCGGCUAGUGUACUGCGUCCGUCACGGAUCUGACAUUCUUUUCAAAGAACUGCUCUCCCAAUGGGCCCAUCACUGGAACGUGGAAAUUAUCAUUUUCGGGGCUAAUGUGGAGCUCAAAUUCAGUGAAAUUGCCAAACACCAUAUGAAAUGGAACAAGAGUAACUAUUGCGUAGACGAAAUUAUCCACAUAAUUAUGACCCUCCAAAUGGAAGCCGUUGGACAAUAA